AUGGGUGAAUGUCCGGCUCGCUUCUCGAAUGUCGCCGGUGGUGGCACCAGGAACAUCGACUGGUGGCCGGACCGGUUGCGACUGAACAUUCUACGCCAGCACACCGAUGUCAGCAACCCAACAGGGAAAGACUUUGACUAUGCAGAGGCCUUCAAGAGCCUCGACUAUUUUGCCUUGAAGAAGGACAUCAAUGCCGUCCUGACGGAUUCUCAGGACUGGUGGCCCGCUGAUUUCGGUAACUACGGUGGUCUGUUCAUCCGUAUGGCCUGGCACGGUGCUGGCACCUACCGUGUCGACGACGGCCGUGGUGGCGGUGGACAGGGUCAGCAGCGUUUUGCGCCGUUGAACAGCUGGCCCGACAAUGUCAGUGUUGACAAGGCUCGCCGCCUGCUGUGGCCCGUCAAGCAGAAGUAUGGUAAGAAGAUCUCCUGGGCCGAUCUAUUCCUGCUUGCCGGUAAUGUCGCCCUCGAGAACUUUGACGUCAAGACCUUCGGUUUCGCUGGUGGCCGCCCGGAUACGUGGGAGGCUGAUGAAUCGACUUACUGGGGAGGAGAGAACACAUGGUUGGGCAAUGAGGUCCGCUACUCGGACGGUCGAGCUGGUCUGAAGGGACAUGGCGUCCUGGAUGCAGACGAGCACAACAAGAACCACAAGGAUAUCCACCAUCGCGACCUGGAAAACCCCCUGGCUUCCGCACACAUGGGUCUGAUCUAUGUGAACCCCGAAGGCCCAGACGGCAUUCCCGAUCCUGUCGCGGCCGCCAGGGACAUUCGCACCACUUUUGGUCGUAUGGCCAUGAACGAUUAUGAGACAGUUGCCCUGAUUGCCGGUGGUCACUCCUUUGGCAAGACCCACGGUGCCGGUCCUGCUGAUAAGGUGGGCAAGGAACCUGAAGCUGCCGAUCUCGAGCAGAUGGGCCUUGGAUGGAAGAGUGAGCACGGUUCCGGAAAGGGUCCAGACACUAUCACCAGCGGUAUCGAAGUUAUCUGGACCAAGACCCCCACGAAAUGGAGCAACAGCUUCCUCGAGUAUCUCUUCAAGUUCGAAUGGGAACUGACCAAGAGCCCCGCGGGUGCAAACCAGUGGGAGGCCAAGAAUGCUGAUGCGUUCAUCCCUGAUGCCUACGAUCCCAACAAGAAGCAUAAGCCAAGGAUGCUGACGACUGAUCUUGCUCUGCGUUUCGACCCUGCGUAUGAGAAGAUCGCGCGUCACUUCCUGACACAUUUCGACGAGUUCCAUGACGCCUUCUCUCGCGCUUGGUUCAAGUUGUUGCACCGUGACAUGGGCCCGCGAUCUCGCUGGCUCGGCCCAGAGGUGCCAUCUGAAGUGCUCCUCUGGGAGGAUCCUGUUCCAGCCGUGGACCACCCGCUCAUUGACGAGGCAGAUGUCAACAAUCUGAAGCAUGCCAUCCUCGCAACUGGUGUUGAACCUGCCAAAUUCGUGCGAACGGCCUGGGCCUCAGCAGCCAGCUUCCGCGGCAGUGACAAGCGCGGUGGUGCCAACGGCGCGCGUAUCCGUCUGGCUCCUCAGAAAGACUGGCCGGCCAACAACCCUGCGCAGCUGAAGGAAGUGCUGGACGCCUUAGAGACUGUCCAGGCUAACUUCAACAAGUCGCAGACGGGCGGUAAGAAGGUCUCCCUGGCCGAUCUCAUCGUUCUGGCCGGAAAUGCCGUCGUGGAGCAGGCUAGCGGCGUCCCCGUUCCCUUCGCCCCUGGCCGCACCGAUGCCUCCCAGGAGCAGACGGACGUCGAGGCAUUCAGCCACUUGGAGCCAUACGCCGAUGGAUUCCGUAACUACGGCAAGUCGACUUCGCGUGUACAUACUGAGCAAUUCCUCGUGGACAAGGCGCAGCUCCUGAAUCUCUCUCCUCCGGAGCUCACAGUGCUGGUUGGCGGUCUGCGUGCACUCAAUGCCAACUAUGAUGGAUCCUCUUAUGGUGUCUUAACCCAGCGCCCGGGCACGCUUACCACUGACUUCUUCGUCAAUUUGCUCGACAUGGGCACUGAAUGGAAGCCGACCGGUCCUGAAAGGGAGUAUUUUGAAGGCUUUGACCGCAAGACUGGCGCGAAGAAGUGGACUGCCACCCGCGUGGACCUUGUCUUCGGCGCCAAUGCUGAGCUACGCGCAAUCGCAGAGGUUUAUGGCAGCUCCGACGGCCAGGAGAAGUUUGUCAGAGACUUCGCAGCCGCCUGGAACAAGGUCAUGAACCUUGAUCGAUUUGAUCUGGCACAGCAGAAGCAAGCCAAAGCUAGUCUGUAA